UUCUGUUUAUGUCCGGGGGGUCAUCGGAAUUUUGCACGGCUCCGCGCCCUUUCCCAGUUGCUCCUGGGCCGCCGCCUGCUGCGCUGGUGCUGCUGCUGCUUGCGGAUCUGCUCGCGGGGUGGGAAAGAAGGAACGCGGGGGCCAGUGGGGCGCCCCUCCAAGACUCACUCCACAUCCCGGGGUGCUCCGUAGCAGCGCCCGAAACCCGCGGGCCGGAUCCGCGCCCCGCCUCAGCGGCCGGAGGACAUGCGUGAGAGAGGAUGAGCCAGAGGGACACGCUGGUGCAUCUGUUUGCCGGGGGAUGUGGUGGUACCGUGGGAGCGAUUCUGACAUGUCCACUGGAAGUUGUAAAAACACGCCUGCAGUCAUCUUCUGUGACACUUUAUAUCUCUGAAGUUCAGCUAAAUACAAUGGCUGGUGCCAGUGUCAACCGAGUCGUGUCUCCCGGACCUCUUCAUUGCCUGAAGAUGAUCUUGGAAAAAGAAGGACCUCGUUCCUUGUUUAGAGGAUUAGGUCCCAAUUUAGUGGGAGUAGCUCCUUCCAGAGCAAUAUAUUUUGCUGCUUAUUCAAACUGCAAGGAAAAACUGAAUGGUGUAUUUGAUCCUGACUCUACCCAGGUACACAUGAUUUCAGCUGCAAUGGCAGGUUUUACUGCAAUCACAGCAACCAACCCCAUUUGGCUUAUAAAGACUCGGUUACAGCUUGAUGCAAGGAACCGUGGGGAAAAGCGAAUGAGCGCUUUUGAGUGUGUUGCUAAAGUGUAUCAGGCUGACGGACUUAGAGGAUUCUAUAGGGGCAUGUCUGCUUCAUACGCUGGCAUUUCAGAGACUGUUAUCCACUUCGUUAUUUAUGAGAGUAUUAAGCAAAGACUGUUGGAGCAUAAGGCUGCUUCGCCAAUGGAAAAUGAUGAAGAGUCUGUGAAAGAAGCCUCCGAUUUUGUGGGAAUGAUGCUAGCUGCUGCCACCUCAAAGACUUGUGCUACGUCAAUAGCCUAUCCUCAUGAAGUUGUAAGAACACGACUACGUGAAGAAGGAACAAAGUAUAGAUCACUUUUUCAGACAUUAUCCCUGUUGGUUCAAGAGGAAGGUUAUGGGUCUCUUUACCGUGGCCUAACCACUCAUCUGGUGAGACAGAUUCCAAACACAGCCAUCUUGAUGGCCACCUAUGAGGUGGUGGUCUACUUACUCAAUGGAUAGCAGCACGGACUGUGGGCCGGAAAGAGGGAAGACCAAAAGAUGACAGUGGACCAUGGAAUGUCAAAGCCAGCAUGGUGGACAGAAGAAAAAUUGUUUGGGAACAUGUAACUAUGCCCAAGUGGAAGUUUGGUUGUAGCGAUUAAAGUGAUUGUGCCACAUU